GACGUGCGUGUGGAGCACCUGGAAUUCGGUCAGUCGGUAGCGGGUCGCCGCUCUCAGCUGCGCAGAAAAUACACCGCUAUGGGCGGACAGCGGAGCGGAGUCAAAUAAUGUAUUUUCUCCUCUAAAUCCGACGAAACAGGGGUCUCCUCCUAGACACGGAAACUGUCGUCUCAAGAAAGGAAAGACGGGGCGAACUCGCCUGACAUCAUUUACCCGGAUUUAAAAGGGAUUCCUUGAAUCUACCCCCUCUUAUUUCGGAUGCUAUUACAUUAUUCUAGAACGGCCGCUCCAAACCCACCAACAUGCACAAUGUCUGUAUUCUCCAGGCCCGAGCUGGAGAGAUAAGAAUAGAAUGACUCCUUGAAUUUCCAUCUCGUUUUUCUUUUUCUUUUUUUUUUACGCCCCAAGCUACCUCCUCUUUGUAUCGCUCGCUCCCCUCCCUCUCCCCCCACCGGAGGCCACUGCACGGAUUCUGCUAUGGUGGAUUCGACUGCGAUGAGGAAGGCUUUCACGGUUCCGGAGAUAAAGCCUUUGGACCAGUACGAUUUCAACAGAGCCAAAAUAUGCGCUAGUUUAGGGUGGCUUUUGGCUAAAGCAUACGGCACUGCAGAGAAUGUUCCGCUGGAUCUGCGGGAGCCCUUCUAUCGGGACCAGUAUGAGCAGGAGCACAUCAAGCCCCCCGUCACGCGGCUACUGCUGUCCUCUGAGCUGUACUGCCGUGCCUACGGCCAGCUGCUGGGGGCCCGGGGCCACGCCCCGUCCGAAGGGCCCCCCAGAGACGGCCCCAGCCUCCUGCGCCUGCUCGCCAAGAGGGCCGCGCCCCCGAAGGAUCGGGACGUCCCGGUGACCGAUGCAGACCUCCGGCACACACCCAUACGGAUGAGCGCCCACCUGGCAGUGAUGGACGCGCUGAUGUCGGCGGUCGCCAUGGAGACGGUCAGCGCGGUGAAGAUGCCGGCCGGGGUCGGCUGGGAGAACGUCGUGCUGUACUGGAUCAACAGGUUGAAUCAGAAGCUGAAAGAGAGCACAGAAGGAGAUCCUCCCCAGAUAUCUCCACCCAGCACAGACCUUCAGCCUGUCCAGCCCUCUUGCCCCACCCGCUGGUACUGGAAACUGGUUCCUCAUGCCAUCGCUUUUUGUUUGAAGGAGUCGGGGAAUAAGCCGCCUGUGAUCCGCUACAGGAAGGACAAGCUGCUGCCCAAACAGACGCCCACGUUCCCACUGGUCACUGGGGUGAAGGACCUGUCCAAUGGCUGCGCAGUUGCCGCAGUGAUCCACUUCUACUGCCCGGACCUGCUACGGCUGGAGGAUGUUUGCCUGAAGGACACCAUGUCGGUAGCGGACAGCCUGUACAAUCUACAGCUGAUCCGAGAUUUCUGUGAGAGCUGCCUGAAGAUCUGCUGCCCCCUGCUGUUGGAGGACCUACUCUAUACCCCGCCAGGCCUGAGGGUGAACAUCCUGAGCUUCAUGGCGGAGCUGCUGGAGUGGUUUGAGGUGCGCAGGCCUGAAUUUGUCCGACCGCGAGAGACACUGGACCUGGCAGACAUCUCAGUUCUGCCCGACUGUGCAACUCCCACCAGCGGCAACAGCAACAGUGCCUCUCCCGCUUUCAUCUUCAAGCAGCCCUUUCUGCCUAUUUCCUCACCAGCAUCACCAGGGGGCAAAGGGUUUUUGACUCGGUCUACUUCACUGUCUCCUGUAGAGGGCGUGGGGAGAGCGUGGAGCAGGAAACAGAUCAGUCGUCCUCUCUCGGCCGUGUCCUUCAGUAUUCCCUUUGGUCUGGACAGUGACGUGGACGUGGUGAUGGGCAACCCGGUGGGGGCCAUCACCCGCUCCGUCAGCUCCGACAGCCUGAACCCCGCCCACCCCGCCAUGACCCGGGUCCCCUACACCCCGCCCGAGGACCUCAGCCACCUGCUCAGCAAGGCCCCCGAGGGGCCCGGCCCGCAGAACGGGCCCCUGCUCCUCCGGGCUUCCCGUGGCGCGCAGACGCGAGGCGGGGUGGAGAACGGGGUGGGCGUGGCCAUAGGGGAGGGUGCGGACCUGCCCACCAUCGAGGAGGCGCUGCAGAUCAUCCACAGCGAGGGCAAGCUGGAGCCCCGCCUCCUGCCCGAGGGGGCACCGGAUGGCUUCUUCCUGCACGACGACCCCGCCCUGGCCCGCCUCAGCAGCUCCGCCCCCUCCCGCUCCGGCAUGCUGUACCGGCCUUCGGGGGCGGAGGGAAGCGCGGACGGGGGGGCGGAGCCGGGGAGAUCCCGCCGCCCACGCCGCACCUCCAGCGGUUCCCGCGACGACGACUCGGUCCUGCGGGACGGCAGCGUGGAUUCGGACGCCUCGGAGGAGCCCCCGAAGGUGCGGUCCACCCCGGCCACGCCUGCCAAUGGGCGCGGCCAGCCCGCCGGGAACGGCGCGGACGCCAACGGCGGGGUGAGGAUGACCAGCUUCGCCGAGCGAAAGAAGAAGAUGGCUCCGGCGGACGCGGCGUCGCCGGGGGGGGACGGCGGCCCCCAGAUGACCACCUGGGCCCAGCGGUCGGAGGAGAGCCCCAGCAAGAGCCCCGCCCUCAGCACGGAGAUGUCGGAGCUGGGGGCGCGUCUGGAGGAGAAGCGGAGGGCCAUCGAGGCGCAGAAGAAGCGCAUCGAGGCCAUCUUCGCCAAGCACCGGCAGCGGCUGGGCAAGAGCGCCCUCCUGCAGCUGAAGAAGGAGCAGCAGGGCGAGGCCGGGCUGGAGGGGGAGGGAGACGAGGCGCUCGCUGGCCUCAGCCUGGAGGAGCGGCUCCAGCGCAUGGAGAGGGAGGCGGAGGAGGAAGCAGAAGGAGAUCCGGAGCUUCCCCCGGUGGAGCAGCCAGGGAACUGCAAGCCCCCGCCGCGGCUGGACAAGCAGGUGACCUUCUCCAUGGAGACGCGGGCGGGGGAGGGGAAGCCGGUGUGCCUGGACGAGAAGGGGGCGGAGCCCGAAGAGAAAGGGGCGGGGCCGGUGCCGCUGGGGGAGUACAGCAUGGCGGUGUCGCGGCUGAACGCUGCGCUCAACUCGCUGCAGAGCGACAUGCAGCGGCUGUCCCAGCAGCAGAGGCUCCUGAUGAGGCGCAAGACGGCCCCCGCCACCCAGGCCUGGGUCAUCCCCGUGGCGCCCAAAAAAAGUGCCGCUGCAGUGGCCAGCUCCGCCCCUCUGCCGCGCCUCUCCCGCGAGUCCACCCGCGACCUGGCCUCCGCCUCCUCGUCCCCGUCCCCCUCCCGCAAAGCGCACGCCACGCCCCCCAAAUCCCCCCAGACGUCCCAGCCCCGCCGGGCCCAGUCCGUCCCCCCGAAGAGCCCCAAGCACCACCACGCCCGCCCCCUGGACCUCAAGUUCCCGCCGCUGGCCCGCAUGCUCACCACGACCCAGACCGUGGACACCCUCCCCCACCUGCGGCGGGUCUCCCCCAGCCAGUGCCAGGUGCAGACCUCCUCCUCCUUUAGAAUAGGGGGCCCCCAGAGCCCCCAGGACCGGCCCCAGCCCAGGGGGGCUCUUCCCCUCCCCCGGCCGGCCGAGGACAGCUCCUCCGAAACGGGGUCCAGCGAGGACCCCGCCAUCUUCUGCCUGGAGCUGGAUUCCGGGGGGCCCCCUGUGCCACGGGCCCCGGCCAGGCGGGACCCCGGGGGUGGCAGCAGUUCGGGGGCCCCCUCAGAGUGCUCGUUCGAGAGCGACUGCUACGGCGGGAAGCGCGGCAGCCUGAUGGAGAUCUCGCUCUCCUCCCUGCGGGGCGGGGCGGCAGGCGAGGGGGAGGGGCCCGGCUACGGGGACGACGAGGGGCCCGAGAACUUCUCCGACUCCAUGAGCGACCAAACGGACCCCGAGACCCGGGGCGGAGUCGGCUUCUUCUUCAAGGAUGAGACACGGCCGGAGGAUGAGAUGGCCCAGCGUAGAGCGGCUCUGUUGGAGAAACAGCAGAAGAGAGCGGAGGAGAUGAAGAAACGCAGAGAGCAGGAGAAAGAGAAAGAGACCAGGCCCGCCUCCUCCUCAGAGGAGCCGCGGGUGCGGUGGGUGGGGGACGGGGCGGGGGGCGCGCCUCGGCGGCUGGGGGACGGGGCGGGGACCCCGGGCACGCCGCAGCGGAGGGACGAGUUCACGCGGCAGGAGUACGAGCGGCGGCAGCAGCUGAAGCUGAUGGAGGAGCUGGACAAGGUUCUGCGGCAGAAGCCCAGCGCCGCGCGCACCGUCAGGAAGCAGCGGCCCAAAACCGUCUUCCACGACGACUCGGCCCUGUCCCGCAGCCCCGCCAAGGGCUUCAUGGGCUCGAAGCUCAGUAAAGUUUACUCCCACUCAUCUCUCAACCUGUCCAGCAUGGCCAACGACACCAGCAGCAACAAGCAAUCACCCAGCCGAUCUCAGUCACCCUCGAGGCUGAUGUCACCCAGCCGACUGGCCAAUCAGAAUGGAGAGAAAGACUGGGAGAACGCCUCCACCGCCUCCUCCCCUGCGUCCAUUCCGGAGUACACAGGGCCAAAACUCUUCAAGGAGCCGAGCUUUAAGUCCAACAAGUUCAUCAUCCACAACGCCCUGUCCCGCUGCUGCCUGGCCGGGAAGGUCAACGAACAGCAGAGGAGUAAGAUUGUGGAGGAGAUGGAGAAGUGCACGGCCAACCACUUCCUGAUCCUGUUCCGUGACUCCAGCUGCCAGUUCCGGGCGGUGUACACCAUGAACCCGGAGACGGGGGAGAUGAUGCGGCUGACGGGCAUCGGGCCGCGCGUGAUCAGCGCCGCCCUGGUGGAGUCCAUCUACAAGUACAGCUCCGACCGCAAGCAGUUCACCGCCAUCCCGUCUAAGACCAUGUCCAUGAGCGUCGACGCCUUCACCAUCCCCGGGCACCUGUGGCAGAGCAAGCGCCCCGGGACCCCCAAAAAGCCCAGCACCCCAAAAUAAGACUCUGGGCCGCACCCCUACAUACAAUGGACUGUGGACAAUGGACCUUGCUCACCCCUCUCCCCCCUUCUCGCUCUUUUUCCCCUCCCUGUCUCUUCUCAGUGGGGGCUGGAGAAAUAGAGCGGUCUCCAUUAUGAAGACUAUGGAAAAUUCCUGGGGCAGCCACCAGGGGCGCCACAGGGGCUAAUGGGGGAGCAGCGAUUUCUUCUUUCUCUUCCUCUUUCUCUCUCUCUCUCUCUCCCUCCCUUCUCUCCAGAUGCUGAGGGGACACUUGUUCUCUGGUCCAUGUACUGGUCAACUUCCUGUCUGCCCCCCCCCCACCCACACCACACCCCCAAAGUGAAAAAGAAAUGAACAAAAGAAAGGCAAAAUAAAAAAUCAGUCUUCUGCCAAACUCCUCUGGUGCCCUUGUGGGAAACAUUAGAUUUUGUUAUUCUUUUUUUUUUUUUUUU